AUGCCCUCCGUUCCUUCGAGGCGUCCCCGACACGUCACUUGGAAUGUCAACGGGAUCCGUAACCCGUUCAAGUAUGCGCCAUGGAACAACGACAAAACCCUCCAGGCCAUGUUCGACCGGCUCGACGCCGACAUUGUCUGCUUCCAAGAGGUCAAGACGCCGAAACCGAGUCUGACCGACGACCUCGUCUUCAUCCCCGGCUGGGAUUCCUUUUACAGCUUUCCCCACAGCCAGACGGGAUACUCGGGCGUGUCGGUCUACACACGCGACAGCUGCUGUGUGCCCACGCGCGUCGAAGAGGGCGUCACGGGCGUUUUGCGAGCACCGGGCACGACGACACGUUACAUCGACCGGCCGGCCGACCGGCAGAUCGGCGGCUACCCGACCGAACGCCAGCUGCAGUCGGCUGCCGUGGCACGUGACCUGAUCGAUGCCGAGGGCCGCUGCCUCGUGCUCGACUUUCCGCUCUUCGUGCUCAUCAACGUCUACUGUCCGGCGCGCCGCAACGAUGACCGCACCGACUUCCGCGACGCCUUUCUGCUCGCUCUCGAUGCCCGCGUGCGCAACCUCGUCGCUGCCGGUCGCCACGUCGUCCUCUGCGGCGACAUGAACACUAUGCGCCAUCACCUCGACACCGCGGCCGUCUGGGGUCACCAUGGCCAGGUCUUGCCGGCCGAGGCGCUUGCCUUUGAUGAGGACUACCUCAGCCUCCGCUCGGCCGCCAUCUUUGGCCGGCUGCUCUUUGACGGCGACAGGAUCACGAACACAACCACAGAUAUCCCCCCAAGCUCUCCUCCCAUCCUCCACGACGCCUGUCGCGAGCUGCACCCCCAGCGACGCGGCAUGUACACCUGCUGGGACACGCGCAAGAAUCACCGGCCGGCCAACUUUGGGUCUCGCAUCGACUUUGUCCUCUGCAGCCCCCGCCUGAUGCAGCUCCUCGUCAUCCAGGCCGACAUCCAGCCCCAGCUGCUCGGCUCCGACCACUGCCCCGUCUACGUCGUUUUGCGCGACAGCGUCGACGACAAUCGAAACGGCCAGGUCACCCACACCCUUCACACGCUCGACUACCUUAACCCACCUGGUCGCUUUUCCGGUGGGCAGCUCGCCAUGACCCCAGCACAGGACUUUGCGUUGCUGCAGAGACGCCAGCCGCAAUCGGCCCGCCGGAUGCCUCAGUUCGCCAACAGACAGCACAUUGGCAACCUGUUUCGUCGUGCCCCCGCGGCCGGCGAGACUGCUGCUGCUGGGCCCUCAUCCGAAGUUCGAAAACGGUGCGCUACAGAAGGCGAAACGGUGCGCGAAGCGACUGCAGCCACGGCAAGCCAGCCGGUCAAUCCGCGGCUGCCACCCCUGCUGCAGCCAGACCCUGUGGCCACUGUAAGCGAGGAAGAGACGGGUGGCCGGCACUCGGUGGCGUCUGAUAACGAGGCAGACGCAGUCGCAGCUGCUGAGAAGACCAACGACACUGGCAAGACGGAUGAGACCCACACCACUUCAGAGACAUUGUCUGUGCCAGACCCCGGUCACGAUAAUGCAGCUGCAUGCUUGCAGCACGCCACCACCUCUCACCCGCUGCGGCCUGCUGUCCUGAUCCCCACCAACAGCCUGCAGCAGGCUGGAAGUGGCCCUAAAGAGCCAAUCGAAGACGGCCGCCUCGCGCGUGCGUCCACGUCUACAUCCUCACCCUUGCCCACGCCCACACCCACGCCCUCUUCCUUUCUGCAGCUAGCACAGGCGCAAGCCAAAAAAGUAAAACCCGACAGUCUGUCAAAGAAACGAAGCGGCGCCCGAUCCCUGUCGCUCUCGUCGUCCUCUGCAACCUCUUCGCCUGCACCUGCGCCUGCCUCCUCGACCGUCUCUCCCUCGCGACCGGUCAAGAAGGCCAAGACCGGCAUCCAGACGUCCAUCAGCACCUUUCUACAGCCCCGACAGGGUCGUGGGGAGACAGCCCCGUUAGGCGCUAAGACUGGCAGCGAGAAGAAAGCCCAGAGCCAGACUGGCCCGACUGCUGCUGACAGUAGCAGGGUCCAGCCAUCUCCCGACGACCCACCAUUGUCGGCUGCAGACCUAGACGACAGGCCGGCAUUGGUACCAGAACCCGAACCUGCCCCAGGUAGCGAGAGUUUCUGGGCCGAGAUCAACGAUGGCGCCAUGGCUGGCUGGUCAGCACUGGGUCUAGGCCAGCGCCAGUCUCCCAUGUGCGAGCAUGGCGAGCCGUGUAAGAUCUUUGUCACACGCAAGCCGGGCGUCAACAGCGGCCGCUCCUUUUACAUGUGUGCCCGACCACCAGGACCGCUGGGGCGACGGGAAAAGGGCACCGCCUGGCAGUGCACCACUUUCUUCUGGUGUCGCGACUGGAAACCUGGCCGCAAAGAGAACGAGUGA